CGAAAUAUUGUUGCACAAUUUCCGUGAAAAUAAACAUUCAUUGAAAUUGAAGGAAUGUAUAUCGGGAAAUGCACAUAUACACAGAAAUUUACUCGAAUCAAAUCCAACUGUUUCAUUUUAUUACACUUUGGGAUAUUGUACAGAAAUAUUUUUGAACUGAUAUUGGAACGACUUUAUCUCUGAUAAACUUUCUCAUUUUUUUUUUUAAAUGCCAUAAACGUGUUCGACAUUGGUAAACAUUUUCCUCUGGGAACAUUGAAAUGGUUGCAGUUCCAUUAAUUUCGAGUAAGCAGUUCGAUUCGCAGCAGCUCGAAUCAAAACAUACGGUUUACGUAAAUCCUUGGUCGAGCUGGUGCUAGAUAGAUUUGUUGCCUCUAAACGGCCGAAUGACGCUGCUGGGGAAUACCCAAUCGCGAAAGUUGAUUACCUUCUGCGUAUUAAUUCCCGGUGGCGUUGGACGGCCGCUCGUUCCAUUCCUCGGAGGCGUCCAUUGUAUACGAGGUACAUCUGCCUCUCGGGUUCAAUGUCAAGUAGGGUAACCUACCUGUGGCCUAGGUACGUGAAUCGCGACGCCACGUCUACGUGUGCUCUUUCUUUAACGCCGCCUACAACGAUGCGCUCACCUUCGUGGUGGGAUCGGCAGACUUUUUAUCGCUGGAGCAUCGUUAGAUGAACUCCGAUCGAAAUUGGAUCUGGGGCUGUUCGAGUACAGUUUAAAUACAUUGUAUUUAUGUGCGUUGCUACUUGAAUAUUAAAUUCGCAUAUUAAAUUCGAAUACUGCUACUCUGAUACUCUUACUCGAAAUGUACUAAUCUAAUAUUCCCACUCGAAUGUCGCUAUCCAAAUAUUUUCCUUCGAGUGUCGUUAUUCAAACAUUCUCAUACAAAAUAUUUUCUAUGAUUAGCAUCGAUAGUGAGUCACGCGAUACGAUCGCGCAAUAUUUCUCUGUUGAUUGAUACCGAAAAACUGUUCAACGUCAUCUAUAUAAUCUACUAUGACAUAAAUGUUGUUGCAAGUGCAACGGUGCGCUCGAAGUGCAAGUGCGCACGAAACUAAAACAUUGAAUGCAUUCAACAAAAUUCACGACACGAAGAAAUUUCCGUUUGAAGGACGAGCUGCGUUUGCAGGUCUGGUGAAAGCUGCCAUGUAUGCCAGGGCAUAAUUAUGACCUUAUCUUUAAUGGACCUUAAUAUGCAAGCGUUGAAAGCUAGGACGUACCGUGAUAUACAAAUUUAAUUACACAAAUUUUACGGAUAAUUAACCUUGAACAAAAAAAAAAAAAAAAAAAAAAAAACAAAAAAAAAACAGUAUUUCAGGAUGACGUUGCAGUUGUCCGGGCAUGACAAUCGAUAAACUUCAGAUUUAAUCGAAGUCUAGGGUUUUUCCCAUCUCUGACCGAUACUGCGUUUCAGGACAGUUAGCCUAAGUAAGUUAGAUAUACGGGACUAGGUUCCUACGGUCGUCUGGAGACUUUUACGACACCGCGGAACCACGAGGGAAAACAAUGCCCACCAGGUAUGUUCUCGAAUAGAUAACGGCCAGUCAGAAAUCCUCGUUACCUGGGCUCCUAAUGGGUUCGACGUUAUUGGAACCAUGGUGUUGCAAAGGUAUAUAAAUUGGUCAUUUAGAGGGUAGAAGCUUCAGUAAGGGUUUGGUUGUUAUGCGACGAGGAACGGAAAGACUUCGAAUUCAUCAUGCCGAGAGUGACAGUUCUUCUAUUGGUUUUUAUCGCGCUACAGGGCUAUGUUGAAGCUGUGCCUGUUUCAAGUAACCCACUCUGGAAGGACGAUAACUCGGUCGAUAUUCAAACUCGUCGAGGUCCAAGGACAUUGGAGUCACAUCCGAAGGAUUGGUCACAGUUUUAUCCGUCCUGGUGGGUGCCAUCAUUUUCGUCGUUCUCGAGUUCGUUCAAAGACGAGGACGACUACGACUACGACAUGGCCUUCUUGAAGAGGAGAAUCGUAGCACUGGAGACGUCCUACAGGGAACUUACUGAAUCAUUCAAACAACUCAUGGAAGAAACUAAGAAGGCAUCCUGCAACGCUGCGUUGGCCCAAGAAGUCAGCAACGAGAAGACUGAAGAAAGGCCUCAAAAUGUUGAGAUAGGAAAGGAGAAGCCAUUAGACAGCAACACAGGAAAUGCUCCCUUAAUGCCAGCAAUCAACGAUGAGGUGAUACCAAAAAAGCCUCAAAAUGCAGAAACCGAAAUGAAGAAACCACUGGAUGGCAGUACAAACGAAAUUCCCUUGAAUCCAGUAAUCAACGAUGAGGUGACCCCAACAAGGCCUCAAAAUGCAGAAAACGAAAUGAAGAAACCACUGGAUGGCAGUACAAACGAAAUUCCCUUGAAUCCAGUAAUCAACGAUGAGGUGACCCCAACAGGGCCUCAAAAUGCAGAAAACGAAAUGAAGAAACCACUGGAUGGGAGUAUAAAAGAAAUUCCCUUGAUUUCUUUAGUCAGCGACGAGGAGAUCCAGAGAAGGCCCGAAAAUCCAAAGGAUGGGGAGAAACCGUUAGGCAGUAACGUAGGGGAGGUUGAAAAGGGGAACAUAACUGAAAAUACGAAGAAAGAACAAUCACAAAGCGUUCCCGAGGGAACGAAUGGCGACAGUGCAGGCGUGGUUGCAACGAACGUUGAUAAAGGGACCACGCUACCGUCGAAAGUAAACGAAAUGGUGCCACCGACGCGAAACGACGAUACAGAGGCGGUCGCGUUGGUGAAUGGGGACGAGGUGGAUAAAACGAUGCUAGAGGACGGUGAAAAGGCUGGGUCGACGAUGAAGCCUGGACGAGUGGAAGCCUCGGUUGGAAUGGAAGAGCCGGCGGAACCGCGGGUCGAUUAUGUGAUGGAGCUGAACGCAGAGCUGGAAGGUCCCGGAAUCGUGGCUGACGUGGGGAGUGAUAUCGUUUUCGAUCAACCUGAGGAAGCGAUUGAUACCAUUGGUGGGGCUGCUUCCGUCGUCGAUUUCGCAGGAAGUGUGGAUGAUGGCGUUAGUGUCGUGGACUAUUGAGAAUUGUGCGAACACUAUAAUUCGGGGACUGUUCGUUGGAUUUUUCUAGACUUGAAUGCUUGAAACACUUGGAUGGAUGGAUGAUACUCGAGUACUAUUCGAGAACUGACUGUUCGAAUACUACAAUAUCGCAGUAGUAUUUGAAUACUUGACUAUUUAGAUAAUUGUUCGAUAAAAUGACUAUUGUAACUAUUGUAACGUUAUUUAAAAAUUUCCGAUUCUUACAAAAACUAUUUGUAUUUUUCUGCAAGUAUCCUUUUUACCCAUAGAUUUCCGUUAUUAUUAUUAUUACUAUUAUUUACGAAUCCAAAACUGCAUGAAAUCGAAUCGACUCUGUUCACCGAAAAACACAUUUCUUUUCUUUUUCUGCGAGCAAGAGUCAUCGAGUGAUUGUAACUCCGUUCGUCGAAGAGUAUUACGUGGAUGGACACGCGUUGAAUACCAAUAAGGACUUUAAGGUCAUUCGUACUUAUUAAAAAAGGGC